AUGGGGUGGUCUCGACGGCUCACAGCAUCUACAGCUUCCAAACCACUCGGAUACUUCGCUACAUCCUGCUGGGCGGGGGACUGGAACUCUCGCACCAAGGGAAACCAAUACUCGACCAUCAAGCUGAAGCUCACCAGCAUCCGCUGGUUUCAUCGCAGAUACAAAGACACAACACUCGAAACAAGCCCGAAGAUCGAACUACUACUUCAAGGCAUCAAGCGUCUCUCCGCUCCCCGACGGAAGAAACAACCGCUGACUCCGCCAUUCCUGCGAUUGCUGUACCGCCCACUCAACUUGUCAAGGCCAAGACAGCGCUUGCUCUGGGGGAGCAUCGUCAUCGGCUAUUUCUUUCUUCUCCGACAGUCCGAAUUCCUCAAAAUUGGCAAGACCCGCCGGUUCUUCUGCUUAAAAACCUGCAACGCAUUCUACUCCGACGACAACGGCAGGCGCGUGGCACGAAAGGCGGCUACAUCCGUCACCAUCGGCCUUGAGGGGGCCAAGAACGACCAAUACGGCCGGGGCGCAUGGCGAACAAUGGGUGUAUCGGGCGACAAGCUGUUGUGCCCGGUCAAAGGUCUUCACCGCAGUCUACAAGCACGAAAACUGUUCAAGUGUGAAGCGGACCGGCACUUGUGCGCAUCGCUCACGUCUCAAGUGGGCGCAACAAGGACGUGCAGCCGCUGCAGCCUAAAGACUUUGGCCGCAAGACCGACUUCGUGA